AAAAAAAUUAUACCGAGGUGUCUGAAUUUGUGUUUCUGGGACUUUCAACAUCUAGUAAAAUUCAACCUUUCCUCCUUGCCUUCUCUAUGAUAUUUUAUGUAGCCAUCGUGCUGGGCAAUACCCUUGUUGUGUUUACACUAGCCUUUGACCUACAUUUACAUUCCCCUAUGUACUUUCUUUUGGGAAAUCUUGCACUUAUUGAUUUAUGUCUUUCCACCUUAACUGUACCCAAGAUGAUUUCUGAUCUGUCUUCUGGGCACAAUACCAUUUCAUUCCAGGGUUAUGUCUUCCAGAUAUUUGUUCUUCAUGUUCUUGGGGCAUCUGAAAUGGUAUUGCUGGUAGCCAUGGCCUGGGACAGAUAUGAGGCCAUAUGCAAGCCCCUCCGUUACCUGACCAUCAUGAGCCCAAGGAUGUGCCUUAUGCUUCUGUCUGGUGCUUGGGUUAUUGGCUUGUUACAUUCAGUGACCCAAUUAGCUUUUAUUAUCAAGUUGAGUUUUUGUGGUCCUAAUGAGAUAGAUAGUUUUUAUUGCGAUCUUCCUCAGUUUAUCAAACUGGCCUGCAUAGACCCCAAGAAAAUGCAGUUCAUGGUUACUGCCAACAGUGGGUUUAUUUCCAUGGGCACUUUCUUCUUAUUGCUAAUCUCCUACAUUGUUAUCCUGUUUAUUGUAAGAAAACAUUCAUCAUCGGGUGAUUUGUCCAAGGCCCUCUCUACACUUUCUGCUCACAUCUCUGUGGUAGUUUUGUUCUUUGGACCAUGCAUCUUUGUGUACAUGUGGCCAUUUCCUACUGUGCCAGUGGAUAAGUUCCUUGCCAUUCUGGACUUCAUGAUUACACCCAUCUUGAACCCUGCCAUUUAUACACUGAGGAACAAAGACAUGAAGGUGGCAAUGAGAAGACUGAUUAUUCAGCUAUUUAAUCUAAGAAAAUCAUCUUAA